GCGGCGGUAUCUCGUGCGGUGGAGAAGCUCACAACAGUGGGGGCUAUUGAUACAUACACAGUGACCGAACCAAAGAUUAGCAGAGCUGCCAGGGCAGAAUCCGCGGCUUUACUGCAUAUGGAUACUACCAGGAAUAUACACGCCAGCGAGAGUAAGUGA